AUGGAUAAACUCCCCGUUGAGCUGUCCUGGAUGAUUGGGGAAAAUCUUACAAGCCAUGACCUCUGUAGCUUCAGCCGCGCAAGUCGCACACAUUGGGAGCGGCUGGAACCGCUGUUAUAUCGCCUGCAUGCCUUGCACGAGACUAGCUGGUCUACCGUCAAUGAGGCUAUAGAACUUGCAGCGGUUUCGACGAAGCCAGAGAGGCAGGCGAUGUCCCUCACCACUCUAGACAAGGUUGCACGAUUUUGCCAACUGGAACCAGCCGUCCUCGACCGCUGCCACCCAAGUGAUCCCCCCCGAUGCUGGCUCGACUGCAGCACCAUAGAUCGGUUGGGUGAAACAUCCUUCUCCAGUAGGAUAUGGGUACGGAUUGGGUCACCGCCUUCUUUGUCACCCCUCCAUAUUGCCGCGCUGAAAGGUCUGGACGAUAUUGCUGCAUGGCUGCUUAGGCAGGGGGCCAAUGUCGACGCACCUAUACCUGGUUCGACACUUACGGCGCUCAGCCUGGCUAUCUUCGGGAAUCACACGAACAUGGCACUUUUACUGCUUGCCAACGGUGCCGACCCAAAACUACAGGAGAGUGACGGUCAUCUGCCCACCGUCCUCCAUCUGGCAUGCGUGCUCGGGCUGGCCGAAUUGGCAGACGAGCUUUUAACCAGGCGGUACGUGGAGGCUCAACCCACGGAGCUGUUGGUCACUUACUGUUUCAAUGGCUCAUCUGAUGCCCCCAGGCUCGUGGCGGAGCUUAUUAGACGUGGCGCAGAAGUAUCAGAAGACCUGAUCUCUGCGUUUCUGCUCGUGUCGAGUCUGCGCGAGUCGAGAUGGCAGUCGGCCUGUGAGCUGCUCACGUCGUCCGACCAGCUGACGCCGGAGGGGCCAAGUAGUGUGCUCCAGACUGUCUUGUCUUUGAGAGCUCAAGAGCUCGAAAACAACGUCGAAAUGGUCGCGCGCAUGCUUGAACGCCUCCUCAACCUCGGCGCCGAUCCUGACUUGGGCCGGCUUCUCUGGCGUCCGUCGGGUGGCGUCAGCUAUCUCACCUUGCUUAAGCUCCUCCCCCUGUUCCUUGAGGCUGAGAUGGAUGUCAAGCCCGCUCUCAUUAAGCGGCGACGCGCCCGAAAGCCGCCAGCCAAGUUUUGGGUCGACGAUCUCCUUGGCCACACAAGCAUUUACAGGUGGGGCGAUGAGGUUGGGAUCGCCCAGCUUGCCAUCAUUUGUCUUUUGCUUGACCACGGGGCUCCCAUUGGCAAAUACACUCGCGGAGACGCCUUGGACUGGUUUCUCCCAGGGCCCAGCCGACAACUCUACGGACGAGCACGUUGGUCGUACCAGCUUACUCAGGUUCUUCUUCGACAUUGCAACAAUACGCCAGAGGACAUGCGUGGAGAGGAUAUUCGGGAUUUCUUGAGCCACUAUUCAAAGGUGCAAGGCAGAACAAGAGGGGACAUUCCUUAA